GCAUUUAUCUCGCUCGUGUUCCAACCGAGCUAAACAGAGAAGCAAACAAAUGUGGGAGACCGUCUGUCUCGUGUUAUUUGCUGUUUUGCUGGCGAUGCUCUAAUGUUACAUUCGACCGUCUUGCAGAUCAGAGCUUUCUGCUUACAAGCUCACGCCGUGUAAACUGUACCCACUGAGUCUAUUUCCGACACACCGCUGUCGGUUAUCUAGCUGAGUUUUUCGAUUCUCUUUCUACCAACAUACAUAUACAGUAUUAGUUCCCAACUUGCGCGAAGCUCGACGGCUGUGUUUGCUUUAUGGUGAGUCGGAGCGUCCCGUUUGCUGUCUGCAAUCGCAUCCGUUUUAUCGGCUUCAUCCGCGGACGCGAACGGCUGACUCGAGUAAUCUACAUUCAAUCACAGACGGCGCGAGUCGCGAGCGCGAGCCAGUUCAGCUAGUGUGAACCGUGAAUCCGUGAAGCAAGCCACAAGCAGUCAGAAUUGAGAAGUGUUGUGGUACGUGCGAGUUCAGAGCAGUUCAGCAAAAGCAGGCAGUUGUAGAGUUGUGUGCCUGAAGCGAGCCGCGCAACAAGCAGAUUUUCAUUGGUGUUGUUGUGUAGUUCUUCUAAAUUCGUGCACAGUAAUCGUAACACAGUGACGUGCAGUGAUUUGGAAGUUGUAGGAAUAAAUAUAAAAAUUUAUUUCUUGCAUUUUGAAGUUUGUGUGUGUGUACACAGAAGGAAAAUCUCAGUCUAGUACCACAAACACAGGAAGCAAAAUGGGAGGCGUGUGUUACGGAUGCGUGAAAUAUCUCCUCGUCGUUAUGAACUUCUUGUUUACGCUGAUAGGACUAGCAAUAGUCGCUCAAGCAACAUGGAUGCUCAUCGACCCGACCUUCUACAUUUCAAUGGCGCAGGACGCCAACAACUACUUCAUCACAACGUAUAUCCUGCUCGGAAUUGGCGUACUGCUCUUCCUGACUUCAUUCUUCGGCUGCUGUGGAGCUUUGCGUGAAUCCAAGUGUAUGCUUUGCACUUUCUUCUGCUUCCUGUUGAUCGUCUUCGUCGCGCAAGUGUCGAGCAUUAUCUGGGGCUAUAUGAACAUCAACCGACUGGAACCGUUAGUGCGCAGCACGUUGAAGACGACCGUGUCGGAGGAGUACGCAAAGGUCAAGAGUCGCCAGACAACGUUCGAUGCCAUUCAAAGCGGCUUGCGUUGUUGUGGUGCUGAUCGUCCCAAUGACUGGAUUGGUAAUCAGAACAUUGUAAUCGCCAUUUCUCCGGACCCGUUGUACUUCACCAUCCCGCAAAGCUGCUGCCGUGAAGGUGUGACAACCCAAGCUUGUAAAGACGCCACGCGUGUCCUCAAAGUUGGUGGUGAUAUUGACACACGCAUCAUCUACCACGAAGGUUGCAGCGAUAAAAUCAUCGAUAUUAUUCGUCUCUAUGGUCCCAUCGGCUUUUACGUUGGCGUUGGUAUUAUCUUCAUUGAGGUGGUCGGCAUGCUCUUUGCCACGAUACUCAUCUUCGCCAUCAAUCGUAACAAUCGUUACAAAGCUUAAGUUAUACUUAAUUAGUAUUUAAGUUUCAUCUCUCAAACUUGAACCAAUUAUCGUUUCGCGAUCCAAGCAAACAAAACACAAUUUAGUUUUAAUCCGCUUUCGAAUGUGGUUGAAAGCUGCGAUAAAGAGUAGACUAGUCCUUCGUAAUAAUUAACAAUUUAGCGAUAACAAUGACGGUAAGCGUAAGUUUUGACUCGUUUGCUUUUAUGAUCAAUCACAGCAUGCUUCUGCUUCUUCAAGUUGUUCUAAGGUACAAAUUGAGCAGAAUAGUGAGAUGAUCGAGGCAGGGUGACAAACAAGCAACAAAAGAAAAAUCUAUAACUUUGUUUGCCGAAGAUAAAGUUGCACGCGUUGCGGGAACGAAUUAUUUUUGUAUGGCGGGAAGGGUAAAUGGAAUACGUCUAUUUUGGAUACCUCAACUUGACACUGAAAUUGAUAUUGACGCGAAUUGACUAGAGUUUGAUGUGGAGUGGCGAUGGCGGCACACAAAUAUAUUUUGGUUUGUACAAAAACAAAAAACUUAAGCGCUACUACUGCUGGAGGCGUUCAUCUUUCAUCAAACAUAUAAAAAUAUAUUUAUGAGGAUUCGGAGACGCUUUUAGCUCAAAGGUUAACAUCGUCCAAUCGAUUGUAUGGACUGUUGUUUGGUUGAUGUUAGCCUUUACAUACAUAAUUCUAUUGAAUGUACUAUAAGAGAGUUAUAUAUUUAGCUAUUUAAAGAUUAUUGUGCCAUAACGUAUAAAUCUAUAUGCCAUGUUUAACAGUUGUUAGGACGCGUUCUAGGUGAACGUUUAAGAGCAUUACCAAUCGAUAUACACCCACAAUUCGAAUUGAAUAUCCAGCGUUUGAAUCUCACUUAAUCAUUGAUAACAUAAUGAUAUGCAUGACAUUUGUGCCAAAAUGCACACAGACUCACUUGUUAUAACUACAACAAAGUGGUAGUAUAUGUAUUCGAACAACGUUUUACUAGAAAUGACAACAUUAUGGACGCCAUUUUGUUUCGAUCAAAAAUGAAAAAGAAAUAUUCUCGUAUCAAAAAUCAAAAUUUACCACCAGUCAGUCAAGGACAAAUAUGAUAUUCAUGAAAAACACUGCUGCGUAAUCACAAACUUAAAUAUGUAAUCCCAAGCAAGCCAAAUUUUUGUCUACACUCAUAUUUUGGAUAUCUUUACAUACUUUCUGUACAUACUACUUACACCACGGCGUUAUAUUCGACGAUGAAUUUCGAAUCUCCUUUAAAACUGAAACCAAAAACUGUCAAAAUCAAAUAAUUAUUCUAUACUUACGGAUUGCCAAAUGUUGGAGUGUGUUGUGCUUGGGAAACAGUCAAAGACGAAAAUCAUUUGUUUCUCUUUAUGUUCUCUGUUUGGUUCACAUAAGCAUAGAUUUGAUACUGAUUUAUAAGUAAUGUUAACAUAGUUUUAUACCUUUUUUAUACACUAUUAUUUUGUUACCAAUAUUUUUUAUAUAUUGUAUGUUUAUUUUUGCUUCGCAUCAUCAUUACUAGUAACUACAUUGGAAGGAGCGUUUAACAAUUGUUACUCAUCUAUUAUGCUAGGUUUUUUGAUACUUGAUACUUUUCGACUGAUUGCAACAUGUGUUCUUAUUGAUACUCCUACUCGUACAAGUAUGAUACAGCAAUCUAACACUGAUUUGAACAAAACUAAUAUUGGUUUCAAAGAUUGUUGUUUCAACUGUAAACAUUUGUGAGAUAAUCUGCUCUCUACGUUUGCGUUUUAAACUUUGUACUGUUGGAUUUAAAAUGUAUACAUAUUGUAUUUUACAUUGUAUUAGCAAUAAUCUUUGUGAAUUUAUAAUCGAACACAAAAUAUUGGCCGAGAUGACAAAAACAAAUUAAGACUUGACAAGAUAUUUACAAACCAAAGCUUAAUGAAUAACAAAUAAAAGAAAAUAAUAAAUAUUACAUCUAUGCAAGAAAAAUAAAAACGAUGACGAUCGAGAAUACUAUAUUUCUGUUGUAAACUUAUUGUAAAAGAGAAAAUAUACGAAUAAAUGUAUGAUAUACCGCAGAA